AUGGGUCACGAAGAUGCUGUUUACUUGGCUAAGCUCGCCGAGCAGGCUGAGCGCUACGAGGAGAUGGUCGAGAACAUGAAGGUUGUCGCCUCCGCCGAUAUAGAGCUCACCGUUGAAGAGCGGAAUCUUCUGUCUGUCGCCUACAAGAACGUCAUUGGUGCCCGCCGUGCGUCCUGGAGAAUCGUCACCUCGAUUGAGCAAAAAGAAGAGUCCAAGGGCAACGAGUCCCAGGUUACGCUCAUCAAGGAGUACCGCCAGAAGAUCGAGGCCGAACUCGCCAAGAUCUGUGAUGACAUCCUGGACGUUCUCGACAAGCACCUGAUCCCCUCUGCCCAGAGCGGCGAGUCUAAGGUCUUCUACCACAAGAUGAAGGGUGAUUACCACCGUUAUCUCGCCGAGUUCGCUAUUGGCGAUCGCCGCAAGUCUGCUGCCGAUGCUUCCCUCGAGGCUUACAAGAGUGCUACUGAAGUCGCUCAAACCGACCUUGCUCCUACCCACCCCAUCCGUCUUGGCUUGGCCCUGAACUUCUCUGUCUUCUACUAUGAGAUCCUCAACUCCCCCGACCAGGCCUGCCACCUCGCCAAGCUGGCUUUCGAUGACGCCAUUGCUGAACUCGAUACCCUGAGCGAGGAGAGCUACAAGGACUCCACCCUCAUCAUGCAGCUCCUCAGAGAUAACUUGACACUCUGGACCUCGUCUGAGGCCGAGGCCGAGCCUGCUCCUGCUGCUGACAAGAAGGAGGAGGCCCCUGCUGAGGCCGAGAAGCCCGCCGAGUAA